GCGGCUACACAUCCACACGCCGCCGCUCCGUGGGCGACUCCUACUACAGCUGGGCUGAGCCGCGCUGCGCGGGGCUGCGCGGGGCUGCGCGGGGCCGGGCGGGCGGCGCCAGCUCUGCAUCUGCACAGAUCGGCUCCGGCAGGGGACCCGCUCUCUGGCCAAGCCUCGCAGCCAAGCCACAUCUGCCAGUUAGCCUCAGGCUUUGGAAACUGAAGAGAGUGUCUGAAAAAUCCACCCAGCACUCCAAUGGCCAGCAACAACACCGCCAGCAUAGCACAAGCCAGGAAGCUGGUAGAGCAGCUUAAGAUGGAAGCCAACAUCGAUAGGAUAAAGGUCUCCAAGGCAGCUGCAGAUUUGAUGGCCUACUGUGAGGCGCAUGCCAAGGAAGACCCCCUGCUCACUCCUGUUCCGGCCUCAGAAAACCCGUUUAGGGAGAAGAAGUUCUUCUGCGCCAUCCUUUAAGUCUCCAUGAGGAGGCUGAAGAGCCUCUGGGCUCCCGGGACAUUGACGUAGAGUUUCUAGCAAAGUGGGCAUCUUUCUCGUCCACGACAUUUAAAGAGAGGGAGGAGACCAUCCUGGAAACUCCAGGUUGUGCAUGUUUAAAGAACCGGUUCCCUUAAUGAGAAUGAAAGCCGAUCCACUUCCCAAUUUAAGAUCUGAUUUGACAGACCUGCCUGGUUGAGGGCAAUGUAAAAAAUAAACUGGUGUCACUUCUUUCUGCUAUCCCCCCAAGACCUUACAUUUCUGCUUUCUAUUUAAAAAAAUAAACAUUAAAACAGACAGCUGUACUGAGCUAAGAUAUGUCUGACCUGCUCGGAAUGAAUCUUGUCUUUAGAAUUCCCUCUGAUAAGCAUAAGCUGAGAUGUCCAGUGUAGCACGGUUCGGCUUAACGGCCUUGAUGUUUUAGUCUUUGUGCCUUUUUCUUUUUUCUUCCCUCUCUCCCCCUCUCUACCCAUCCUGGUUAAAGUAGUAUGGAGAGUAGGCCAAACUUGUCUGUAAGACUGGAUUCAAGGAUGAAUGAACACCCAAAAUGUUUAGAAAGAUGUUCCCCGUGGUGUAGCCUCAUGGUAAUAACAAAAACAACAAAAUUGCCGGUUGUCUGUGUUCUCUUAUCACUAUUCCUAACAUUUGUACAUGAUAUCUUUGAUUCUGCAAGUGAAAGUAAAUCAUGUGUUGUGACUGGUGCUUUCAUAUCUUUGUGACAGUUUUUGAGUAAUAGUGCAUGAAAAUGUCCCUAUACUACAUCCAUUCAGAAGUUUUGUUGUUUUAUUAUAAAGCUAAGAAGAGGAAUGAAAGAGAAAAGAUGCUGGGGAAGAAAAAAAGAAAAAACCUCAGUAUUUUGAAAAUUGAGAUCACUUCAGAGCCUUAGCCAUGCCUAAAAUACCUCCUAGUUCACAGUGGCAUAAGCAUCUCUCCAAUAUGUUUUCCCGAAUCCAGAGCAUUUUGGUUUAUCUAGAACCCAGGGCAGUGCAGGCACCCUACACAGGAGACAGAAGGGUACACCAUCAGGGGGAUGUGCUUUUGCCACAGGGUAUGAGCAGGUUCUCUCUUCCCCUCAAUCAUGGAAACUCUGGACUGAAGGAAGGCUUCCUGUGCUCCUAACUAGGAAACCAUGGUCCUCCUUUGUUCCAGUAUCUCAAGACUUAAACCCAUAGCAUGAGAGAAGGUGCCCAUUCUCACAGUGCCAGCUCUUUGCCCUCCUGGGAGAAGGACCCCAAAGCCCAUUCUAUGGGCAGCAGGUGUGUCCCCACACACAACUAUCUCUUUUUCCAUCGAGAUGCUCUUCAUUUUUCACUCACCAAAUUGUUCAUCAAAAUCUUUGUUUCUGUUCCCUGCCUUGUUUGUCAGUCUGUCUGUCUUUAUUUACAACUUCCUUGCAGCUAGAGCUCUCUCUUUGAGAUAAGAUAUUGAGAGCGAUUUUUCAUUGCAGCUGUAGCCUCCAUCAGUAAUGGCAGGCCAUGGAAGCCUUUAUCACUUUUCCUGUGCCAUUCCCAGUCAAAAAGAAACUCUCUUACAUCUUGUUUGCUUUCAAAUAU